CUUCCGGCUGGUUCGAGAGCUCCUAGCUGGCUGUACACCCAUCACAUCGAGAACAUGACCUGUGUUUGCCAUCGGGCCGAAGCUUACGAUGGACCGCUGUAACUUUUCCUGGGAUCAAUGAUUGCAUGGUGCGAUGGUAUUGGUGCGUCGACUAUUUCCAUCGGCUGAUGCUGGUAUGACAUAAUUAAUAGCUUCACCUUUUCCCCUGCUGCAGUUGGACCUCGCCAUGAUAUAUGAAGGGCUGGAAUUACCUCCGAACUGAGUCUUUCUCAAUUCCAACCUCAGAAGUAAUAAAGCAGUCCUUGUCGCCGGCAGCUUCAGCACCCUGUCAAGCCGUCACAGAUCCCAUUCCCAACCACAGUCGAGGAGUUUGAUAUCCCCAUAAUACAUUCAGCAUCAUGGUGUCGACAGCGAUCACUCGUCCUGUCUCCCUGCUGGUGCGCUUUAUGCAGUGGUCCAGUGCCGUCAUUGUCAUGGGCAUUACCUCCUACUUCAUCAACAAGUGGCCCCAUGGACAGCACACCAUCUACUGGGAAGUCAUCUCGACGAUGUCCGUUGUCUUUUUCCUGCCGGCUUUCCUGUCCCCCUUCAUGCCGACUCGUCUGAGCAAGUUCGUCUUGCCCAUUGACAUCAUCUUCUCCUACCUGUGGUUGACCGCGUUCAUCUUCGCUGCGCAAGACUACAACUGGCACAACUGCGCUGUCAAUGCUCCCCCCGGUGCCAGCUGCGCGCUCAAGAAGGCCAACGAGUCGUUCAUCUUCCUCGCCUUUAUCUUCACCUUCUUCGCCAUCGGUCUUGAAGUGAUAAACCUCUGGGCUGCUCGUCGUGAGACUCCCACCCACGAGAAGCACCCUGAGGGUCAUCGUGCUCCUCUCGAUGCCCCUGCCGCCAACCCAUAA